AUGCCCACCUCCAGCAGCGCCAGCGUCGGCGCCAGCGCAACCUCCAACCUCAGAUCCGCAACCACCACGCACCUCCGCAAAACCUUCAAGUACCCAGCCGACGAAGAUGACACCUCCAUGGACGCCGACCGCGACGAACUCGACGAAGAAGAGCAAGACACGCUCAUCACGGACCUCGCUUCCUCCAACGCCACCACCAAUGAAUUCUACGUCCGCACUUUCACCGUGCUGCCCCUGCUCGCGUGCCUGCCGUUCCUGUACUUUUUGGUGCUGCGCCCGCACCGUCUGACGGUCCUGCCGUGUCUGCUGGCGCUGACGAGUCUGGGCGCGAGCGCGUUUGUCAUGGGGUUCGUGCCCCUGGAAGGGGUGGAUUUUGGUAGCGAUUCUGCUGGGGCAGGCGGUGGCGAGGGAAGGGGUGGGUUGUCUGACAUCGCGCACGCGCAGGCUUCGCGGCGGCGGGCGGCGGUGGCGAGUCGCGGGGGGCAAUUGGGCGUGGAAUUGCCGUUUAGUGUGCCGGUUGAUGUUGGGGGGCCGGUUGUUAGGUGGAUGGGCGUCUUGAAUGGCGGGGCGCCGGCAAUUUUGGUGGUGUUUGCGGUGCUGCUUAUGGAUGCAGACGGGGUAGGGCAGGGGUUUUGGCUGUUGUUGCUGCUGCCGGCUCUGAUGGCGGCGGUGGUGGCGGUGGUGAGGGCGGCGAUGAGAGAGAUGGAGAGGGGGCUACGGGAGCUAGGGGGAUUGAGGUAUGGGUAUAAGGGGGCUUGA